CCCACCCGCCGCAGGACAGCCACACCGCAAGUCCAGCAGUCGCACCGUGCACGUCGAGCUGAAGUCGCUGUUCCGCUGUCCGGCGUCAGUGAGUCAGCUCAAUCUGCAGCGCGUGUCGUGGGUCCUCCGAGCAGACGACACUCGCAUUGCCCAGAACCCAGAGCACGGCAACGCGGCUUAGCGGCCCAGCAGUGUAGCGGUGCCACAGAACCGCCCCCCCCCCUUUCCCGCAGCGGCCCCACUUCUUCUUGACGGCGAGCUCGCAGCCCAGCCCGGCAAGGCAAGGGAAGGAGAAACCCAUCGGUCCAGAAUCACGACGUGCAAGUCAGUCGUCCGCAGUCGUCUCGCCGAGCAAGACUAGCCGCGCACACACCAUGAACGCCCUCGCCGUGUUCGCCCUCGCCGCCCUCGCCGCCGUCCUGGCCGUCCAGGUGGCGGCGGCCGCCGAGCAGGCCAAGCCCGCCCCCGUGGAGGUGGAGAUCUGCGGAGUCGAAGCUGCCAAGAGGAAGGCCAAGGCUGCGGCCGGCGACGACGCGGACAUCAAGGACAAGGAGAACAUUGCCAUCAGCAACUGUGUGAAGGCGCCGUGCCGCCUCAGGCGCAAGACCACCACCCACGUCGAGUUCAAGUUCACCCCAGACACUGAGGUGAAGACCCUGAAGACGGAGGUGAACGCCAAGAUCCUGGGCAUCCCGUUCCCCUUCAUCGGCGUGGACAACACCAACGCGUGCGGCGGCAUCUUCCUGGCCGACGGCACCAAGGCGUCGUGCCCCCUCAAGGCCGGCCAGGAGUACCUCUACAGGAACAAGUUCGACAUCCUUGAGAUCUACCCCAAGGUCAAGGUCCUGGUGCACUGGGCUCUGGUGAACCAGAACGGGGAGCGCAUCCUGUGCUUCAACGUCCCCGCCAAGAUCACCUCCUAAAGGCAGCGAAGCGAAAAGCUCAUUUUGUGAUAUUCCUCCCCAUCUGUCCCAUUACACACUUCACCGUCGUUAAUUGUUAUUUAAAUACAUUUUAGUACUUUUUA